UUACAAUUAAACUCAUUUAAGAAUGAAUAUUUAAGAAAACAAAAAUAUACCUGAAGAAGUAUCAAAAGGAUUGAGCUAAUUCGCUAAAGAUCCAUUUACUUAAUAGAAUUUUGAUAAAUUAUCGAAAUGUGUAUUUAUGAAUCUGGCUGGAGAACAAAAUAACACUAAAAUAUUAGAUCAAUUGAAUACAGAACCAUAAACAAAUGAGUUGUUUAAUUUAAUUUUAUUAUUUACAGUUCAAUGCAUAAAGUUAUAAUUAAUGGAAAUUGAAAUCACAACUAAUUUAUAUGAUUAUGGAUUUGAGUAGACAAUUGUAGAUGGAUUUAUUAAGAAAUAUAAUUAAUUUAGACAAUUUAUCAACGACCCUGAUAAUGCUAUUAUAGCAUCCAAUUUUGAAUCGAAAAUUGGUUUUAAUUAUUUGGUUGAUGUGGAUUGGUAAUAAGAAAUAGUUGUGUCUUCAAAAUAUGCAAAUAAAGUAUAUUAAGAAAUAUAUAAAAUAUAAUUACAUACUAAAACCAUAGACAAUAAAGAUAGAGAUAUUAUGUUUAAGUGCACCUUACCAUAAUUAAUUGAAAUAAACAAUCAAUUAGGAAUGAUGGUUAAAAAUAUAGAAUCAAGUUCAGAUUUGAAACAUCUUAAAUGA